AUGCCAUUCUAUGAUGGUCCUCUACACCAGGAAUCAUAUGUGAACGGAACGAUAUUGCCGGGUGGCGGAGGUUGUCCGCGUGAAUACGAGUGGUGUUCGCACACACCAAGGGUACCAAAAGGCUUGUACCUCUUCAAUGCCGCCAUUCUUCUCGGCUUGUGCUUCCCCCUAGUAUCUGCACCGUGUAACACUUUGCUGUCGGAGAUCCUUGGACCAAGAAAACAGGUUUGUGCGUGGACGAGUUUAACAGCGAAGCUAACUCAGGUCAAAAUGAAUAUAUGUAUGAUUUACAAAAACUGCAUUGCAGGUCUUACCAGAACCUCAAUAAUUUCCUUGCACAUUUUCAGAUGUGAAAAAGACCAACAUCACUGGAUCUUCUAUUUC